AUGUCCACUUCAACGCCCAACUCCACCGAUGCAUCACCAGUGACGCGCAUAGCGACGUUUCGCUUCCUCCCUAACGUGACUGCGGAGCAAAAAGGCGACCGCGCAUCUGCUUUUCUCGCACUUUACGCUGAGCACCCGGAACUACUAGUCGAAGGACCGAAGGGAGGUCGGCCGCUGAAUACGCCAUUGAACCUGACCAACGUGAAGAGGGAGAGUGUGUGGGACUUGGGUUUCGUUGUAGUUUUCAAGGAUGAAGCCUCGAGACAGGUGUUCGAUAAAGAUCCGACGCACGAUAAGCUGAAGGUAUGUGUCGUCUCCAUCGUUGUAGAAGGAUUGAAGCUGACAUCGCGGAAGAAUGAGACGGACCCGUUGCUCGAGCAGGUGUUUGUGAUGGCGGAAUCUUACCUCGAGCCAUUGCGCCACCUCACCAAGAAUGGCUUCGACGAUGCGCGCUUGCUACUUCUUCAAGGCCUCAGUCGCGAGCAGCGCAGUGCCUUGAUUCAGGAAGGUAUGAAGCGCUUCACUACCGACGAAGCAUCCGUGCAGUUGUGUCUCCGUAUGCUCGAUUCGCUGCAACAACCAGAAGAGCGGGCGGCGUCUGAGCUGCCCAUUGAAAGGAACGACACUCAGCAGCCUAGCAACAUGCAAGCCGCGCCCGCACCCGCACUCGCCGCGCAUAUCCCUCCAACCUUCGGCAUGGCACCACCGAGGCACCAAACCAAACGGAAAGCCACGGAAAACGUAGACCCCUCCAACGACCGUGCUCACAAAGCGCCCGUGCUCAACACGACAUGUUAUGGUGGCAGCAGCUGUUCCAAUGGGGACGAAGACGACGAUGAAGACUGGGAGGGUAUGACUGCGAAACUUGACAAUGCUCUACGGGAUGAUACUCCUGCGGUCGCCAACGCCAACAUCAAUGUCAUCGACAGACGCUCCACAACCCUGGCUAUGCCUGUCCUGAAGAUAGGUGCAUGGGUUAUCAACGCUGUCGGGCUUGAAGAAUGGCAGCUGCUCGACGAUGUUGAGUCGGGUAAGAAUAUCUAUGCAAGGUUCUUGACAGACUUCGCUGCCAACCAAUGCAAGCGUGCGACAUAUAAAGCGGUAGCUUGGAACGUAGCACAUUAUAUCACUGAAGGUAAAUGCGCCAAAAUCGCCAUGUGGCAGAGGGGCUGUGCUCAAAUGACCUUUGAGAAGGCUUUUGGAAACAAGCAAAGGGCUUGCGACACCUGCAUACGCACAAAGCGCCUAUGUGUACGGGUCGUAGCUGAUGGCUUCGGUACAAAGCUCUGCGCCUACCCGCUACCCGAUGCAUGCCUUGAGGACAAGUCGCUGCAUUCUAUCGCUGAAUGGGUCAUUGGAGGAUAA